AAAAGCAUAAUAAUUUUAAUAAUAAAAUAUAUAUAAAAUUAAGGACUAUCAAUAAUCGAGUUGAUUUUAAAAAAUAGGUCAGUGUCCUACUCCUAGAGUCAGUAAUCGUUUGUAGUUGUGUCCCUAUUAAUAAUGAUAUUAUUGUGAGAGACGUAGCAAUAGUUAGUGCGUUGCGCCACAACAGUCGGCAUAUGAACUGCCUGAAUGUCCGACUUGUACCCCGCAAAUGAGUGCUAUUUGUUCCGAAGGCAGCCGCCAUACUCAAACAAAAGUGAUCGUAAUGAAAAGAUAGAUUUUAUACGUAACAAAACUUUUGUUAGUAAUAAAUUAACAUUCUAAUGAGUUCCAAAUCAGAUGUGAAUAGAAGAGUACUCGCUAUACAAGCGAAAAAGAAACGUCAUAAGCCAAAUAAAAAAAAGGGUAAAACGGAGGAACACGGUGGCGGUGGAGGUGGUCAGAGUACGGGAAAUGGGAAUCGAAACACAAAUAAUAGACUGGAACCGUGUCAUAGUUCUAGCAACGAGACAGUGGAAGAUAAUGAAGAUGAACCGUAUACAAGUGAAGAGGAAGAACAAGAAGACAGCUCCGAUUAUUGUAAAGGUGGUUAUCAUCCUGUCAAAAUUGGUGACAUAUUCCAAUCCCGUUAUUUUGUGACCCGUAAACUUGGUUGGGGUCAUUUUUCAACUGUUUGGUUAUGUUGGGAUGUGAUUGAUCGACGAUUUGUUGCACUCAAGGUCGUUAAAUCGGCACCACAUUUCACAGAAACAGCACAAGAUGAAAUAAAAAUAUUAAAAGCGGUACGUGACAGCGAUCCAGCAGAUCCAAAACGGCAUAAAACUGUUCAAAUGUUAAAUGAUUUUAAAAUAUGUGGUGUGAAUGGUACACAUAUAUGUAUGGUGUUCGAAGUAUUGGGACAUCAUUUAUUAAAACUUAUUUUGAAAUCAAAUUACCGAGGUAUACCUCGAAAUAAUGUUCGUACCAUUAUUCGACAAGUAUUGGAAGGUUUAGAUUAUCUUCAUACAAAGUGUAAAGUCAUUCAUACGGAUAUUAAACCAGAAAAUGUAUUAAUUUGUGUUGAUGAAGUUUAUAUACGGAAACAAGCGACUGAAGCGAUGGAAUUAUAUAGUAUGGGGCUACGUUUGCCAACAUCAUUAGUUAGUACUGCAUCCAAAGAAUUUCAAGAACAAAAUCCAAACUCGAAAAUGAGUAAAAACAAAAAGAAGAAAUUAAAAAAGAAAGCAAAACGUCAAUCUGAAUUGUUAAAAAAGCAAAUGGAACAAAUUGUAGAAUUAGAAGAACAGCAGCAGCAGCAAGCGCAACAAUUGCAACAGCAACACAUACAACAACAGCAACAACAACAGAUAUCUACGUCUACCACUGUAGAUAAUGCACCAGAACAAAAUGAAAGCAAUACCAAUAAUGCAUCACCAGAUGCUGCUGGCGAUGAUGGCCAAACAAGUAAUGUAAUGUUAUCGUCAACUGAAGAAAAUAAUGUGCAACAUGUGAAUGGUUGUGAAAAUGUUGACGUUGAUGAAAGUGGUGAAGGACAACAUCCAAAUUCACCACCUCCCGUGCAUACAAAUACAAAUAAUGUAACAAAAGCAGGUGGUGAACCACCCAUAAACACGACAAAUGCGAUUCCAAUGGUUGAAGAAGAAAUGCAAUGUAGUAAAGUCCCUGACCCCGCUCUAGAAGAGUGUGAUGUCGAGGUGAAAAUUGCUGAUUUAGGUAAUGCUUGUUGGGUUGACAAACAUUUCACUGAAGAUAUCCAAACACGUCAAUAUCGUUCAUUAGAAGUGAUCAUUGGUGCUGGUUACAAUACAUCAGCUGACAUAUGGAGUACGGCUUGUAUGGCAUUUGAAUUAGCAACUGGUGACUAUUUAUUUGAACCACAUUCUGGUGAAGGCUACAAUCGUGAUGAAGAUCAUUUAGCACAUAUUAUUGAAUUAUUAGGUGAAAUACCACGCCGUAUCUGGUCACAGGGUAAAUAUAGUUGGUUGGUAUUUAAUAAAAAAGGUGAAUUACGUAAUAUAACUGGAUUAAAACCAUGGGGUUUAGUCGAUGUGUUACGUGAGAAAUAUGAAUGGAGUCAAAAAGAUGCUGAAGAAUUUGCUGAUUUUUUGAAACCAAUGUUAGAUUAUGAUCCAAAUAGACGGGCCACUGCGGCCGAAUGCUUAAAGCAUCCCUGGCUGAAUUCUCAAUAGUGUAUUUGUAACUUGUACCUAAUUAUUUUCGUUUAAUGUCUGCUAUUAUGAUUAACAGCUUAUAUAAGUUUUUUUGUUUUUAUUUAUAUAAUUCCUGAUUUGCUGAGUGUUUUUU